AUGAGCCAGAGCACCGGGUUUCCGCUUUGCUGCUUAAUCCGGAGGCUACGGUUUCUUUGUCUCUUGAUCUUGGGUGUAACCGAGCACGCCAUCCCCGGCCGCCUGUUGCAACCAGUCUUGGCGGGAAGUGCCAGUUUUAUCCAUCUUUCCCAUAACAAGUCAAACCGGGAUCAGGGUUCCUGCGAAAAGAAAGCCACGUUAGCCUCCACUUUAGAUUUUUGGACUCUGGCCACUGAAAACAUGAUAGCGGAGUUGCCAGCUGAUCCUGUUAAAGAAAAUUACGUUUGUAAAGUGAACAGCUGUGUUUUUUCUGUUGCCUUCCCUACUCCUUUCAAAUCAAGAGUACGUCUUGUAGCCGUUUCAAAGUUUGGAAAAUGGGCAGAUCAACUUGGGGAUGGAGGAGCUCACCUUAUUGGCAUUUAUCUGAACAGGCAGGGUGAAAAAUGGGAGCUCCAGUUAAAAGGCUCAGGAAAGACCCCAUACUCCCGAAAUGGGGAUGGCAGGGCUGUCCUUCGUUCUUCAGGGAGAGAAUUGCUGUGCAGUGAGGCUCUGCACUACCUCGGAAUUCCACCCAGCAGAGCUGCCAGUCUAGUUGUAAGUGAUGAUGAUGUAUGGAGAGAUCCGCUUUAUGAUGGAAACAUUGUGAAAGAACGAGGUGCAGUAGUGCUGCGUAUUGCAAAAUCAUGGUUCAGAAUUGGAUCACUAGAAAUUUUGGCUCAUUAUGGGGAACUGGAUUUACUAAGGACAUUGUUAGACUUCAUCAUACAGGAACAUUUUCCCUCUGUAGAUGUCAAAGAACCUGAUAGAGAAUUGUUCAAAGCCAAAUUGGGAGUGCUUGGAGAAAGGGAGGAGGAGGAUGAUUUAAUUGCAUUUCUCCUACAUCUCAUGGGGAAGACAGAAGCUGAUUUUACAAUGACAUUUCGACAGCUCAGUGAGAUUACGCAAAGCCGGUUAUUAGAUCUCAACUUCCCUCAGCAUUUCUGGGCACUGAAGAAGAUUUCAAAGCAUGAACUCUUUCCGGCUUGGCUGUCCCAGUACCUUUUGAGACUGAAGCGGAACACGAAUGACUCGGAUUCUCAAAGAAGAAAAAGAAUGACAAGUGUGAAUCCCAGAUAUGUGCGGAGAAACUGGAUGGCAGAAUCUGCAGUGCAAAAAGCAGAAAGGACUGAUUUUUCAGAGAUCCGCUUUCUCCAGCAAGUUCUUCAGCGUCCUUUCCAGAAGCAGGUGGCAGCUAAGAGAGCAGGCUGUUCCUCACCUCCUCCCGCGUGGGCCAAAGAGCUCAGAGUUAGCUGCUCAACUUAA